AUUACCGAUGCACACGCGUGGUGCGCGCUUGAAUCGAAAACAGCACCCUUUCCCACCUGCUUUAAUGGUUGUUUAGAUUCGUUACUUGUCAUUAGUUGUGAAACAAUGGAAAGCGACAUACUUGAUGGACUUGAUCAAGUUGGGUACAGUGGUUCCCUUGAUGAAAAGACGCUUUCAGCGGCAUGUGAGCAAGGGUUUUACUCUCAGGAGUUUGCACAUGUGUGUACAUGGAUAUCAUCAAAACUUCACCAGCACUGUGAUGGCAAGGAUCAGAAAUCGGAAAUUAUAGAAGAUCCUGAAAAGGCAAAUCUCGAAUUAAGCAAAUUGUUGAAAGAGCUGUCCUGUCCAUAUAAAGGGCUUGAGGCCGAACUGAUGACCAAAAAGGAGCAUCUGAAAAUCCUUUUGUUUUUAGUAUCAGAACUUCAGGCCGCACAGAUUUUAACAAGCAGAACGUCUCGAGACAAAAAAGGUGAGGAGAAGAUCUCGCCUCUUCAAGACCUCCAAGCAAUUUGCAAAGUGCUAAAACUCCCAGAGCCAGAACAACAGCAAACAACAGACUUAUUUGCAGAUAUAGAAAAUGAGGUAAAGGUUUUGCUGAAGAAAGUUCCAGAGAAUCACAUUGGAAAACCAGUAUUAAAGCAGACCCUUAACAGUGAGCAAUGGAGGCAGCUGGAGAAAAUGAAUAGUGUUCUUUUGGCAGACUAUGAGUGUCGCCGGCGCAUGCUGAUCAAACGCUUGGAUGUUACUGUGCAGUCUUUCAGCUGGUCAGACAGAGCCAAGGCAAAAACUGACACAAUGGCCAGAGCCUAUCAGCCAAAGAGACACUCACUAACAUUAAAAUCAUCAAUAAGCCUUGCUCACCUCCUGGCUGCACGGGACGACAUCUGCAACUUGGUGAAAAGUACCAGCAAGUCGUGCAGAGAGAGGACUGCCUGUGCUGUAAACAAGGUGCUGAUGGGAAGGGUUCCUGAUCGAGGUGGAAGACCCUCAGAGAUUGAAGCUCCUCCCCCCGAGAUGCCGCCCUGGCAGAAGCGACAAGAUGGAGGAGGAAGAGGACGAGGGGGUGGUGGAUAUGGAGGCGGAGGACACAGAGGUGGAUAUGGAGGAAGCAGACAUGGGGGUAGAGGAUAUGGAGGAGGUGGACAUGGGAGUGGAUGGGGCCAAGGUGGAGGUCGAAACCAGGGGAGAAGGGGCGGUGAAGGGGGUUAUUAUCGUUAAUAGUUUUUUAUUUAUUUAUUAUUUUUUUUACUGACAAUAAGUACAGUAUUUAAAUGAACAUGCAUAUGAUUAGGUGUGUUGCAUUGUUUUUUGUGUCUAUCACAAACAUGAUCAGAGACUGAAUGUGUCCUGAAACAGAAAACAUAAAUUUAUUUAAAUUACUCCAGUGCAAUGCAUUGGUUCAGAUAAAAACAAAAAAAAAAAGCAAGAAGGUUAUAGAAAUAGAGAUAAUAACCUACAAUACAUAUUUUUACAUGAUUUUGAAAAUAGGAAAGGUGAGAAACAUGUCUGUAAUCUUAUACGGAUGUAGUUAGCUUUAUGUUUUUGUUAGUUUUCCGGGGCACAUUCACUUUUUAAAUUCAUCUUUUGUGGUACUUGCAUGCACUUUUUAUUUUCAACUAGACAUGUGUAAUGGAUCUUGGGGAUCAGCAUUCUGUUCGAUUAGUUUAGAAUAACGAAGACAUGACGUUGCUAUAACGGGGCAGCACUUUGUCCAAAUAAAGCUGCUACAAUCCA